AUGCUCGCCUCUAUUAAGAGUCUGGCUCUCCUCGCCUUGGCUGCCACCGCUGCCCAGGCUGCCAUCGUCACCUACGACUGGAACAUCACCUACGUCAACGCCAACCCUGACGGUCUCCACGAGCGUCGUGUCAUCGGUGUCAACGGCCAGUUUCCCAUCCCCGCUAUCAAUGUGACCUUGGGCGACACCCUUGUCAUCAACGUUAUCAACCAGAUUGACCAGCCCACCAGUUUGCACUCCCACGGUCUCUUCCAGACCGGCAAUGCCCAGUUCGAUGGUCCCUCCAUGGUCACCCAGUGCCCCAUCCCCCCAGGCGCCAACUUCACCUACACCAUCCCCAUCGAGCAGCACGGUACCUACUGGAUCCACGGUCACACCAGAGGCCAGUACGUCGACGGUCUUCGCGGUCCCCUGAUUAUCCACAACACCAACGAGACCUACAAGUACGACGAGGAGUACACCAUCGCCCUUGCUGACUGGUACCACACCGAGCACGAGAUCAUGCUGGAGCAGUACCUCUCCAUCUUCAACCCCUCCGGUGCCGAGCCCGUCCCCGAGUCUGGAUUGAUCAACCAAAAGACCGAUGCCAAGUUCAACUUUGUUCCCGGCAAGACCUACCGUCUCCGCAUCAUCAACAUGUCUGCCCUUGCCAUGUUCCACUUCUACAUCGACGGACACGAGAUGGAGAUUAUUGAGAUCGACGGUAUCGAUAUCGAGCGCACGAAAGUCACCAGCUUCCCCGUCACUGCUGCCCAGCGCUACUCUGUCCUCGUCAAGGCCAGAGACGAUGCCACCCAGAACUUCAUCUUGCACGCUGACAUGGAACCCGACAUGUUCGAUGUUAUCCCCCCAGAGCUCGAGCUCAAGGUCACGGGUACCAUCGUCUACAGCGAGACUGCUCCCCUUGCCCCCUCCGGCGUCACUGACGAGUACGAUCCCUUCAACGAUGCUACCCUUGUUCCCGUCAUCCCUGAGGCCACCCAGCUCCCCGACCAGGUCAUCCCUUUGAACGCCGUCUUCAGCGUCCUGAACGACUACAGCAACAAGGCCACCUUCAACGACAUCACCUACGUUAUGCCCAAGGUCCCCACCCUGUACACCGCCUUGACCACUGGCAACCUCUCGUCCAACCCCGAGGUCUACGGAAAGUACACCCACCCCUUAGUCAUCAAGCACAACGAGUGGGUCGAGAUCAUCAUCAACAACGACGAUCCCGGUAACCAUCCCUUCCAUCUCCACGGUCACGUUUUCCAGAUUGUCGGACGCAGCACUGGCAAGUACAACCCCGCCGAUGGUCCUUACCCCGGUUAUUACAACUCCACCAACCCCGCCCGCCGUGACACCGUCCUCGUGCCCUCAGAGGAGAACGUUGCUAUCCGCUUCCAUGCCAACAACCCCGGAGUUUGGCUGUUCCAUUGCCACAUCGAGUGGCAUCUCCAGGCUGGUCUCGCCACCACCUUCAUUGAGGCCCCCGAGCUCAUGCCCAGCAUCUUGAAGAUCGACCCCAGCCACAUUGAGCACUGCAAGGCUUUGGGCAUCCCAUACAGCGGCAACGCUGCCGGUAACGAGGGCUUGAACCUCGACGGCGCCAACGUCGGACCCGAUCCCCUCCCCGGUACCUUCACCGCCAAGGGAAUUGUCGCCCUUGUGUUCACCAUCAUCUCGGCUUUCUUGGGUCUUGCCACCGUCAUCUGGUACGCCCGUGAGGACGAUGCUCAUAUCUCGGCCCAGGUCGCCAAGAACACUGAGGAGGAGCACUAA